UGCGCUGGUAAACUAUAUGCAAAAUGUGAACGAUUCGCGGGGAACCAGUUCCUGUAACCGGUUGUUUGUGCAUAUUGUGUGCUGUUACAAAUUAGAUGGUCGAGAUUGGUUGAUAUUGACGGCAUUUCGACUGAUUUUUGCAGCUGAUCCCGUGAAACAACAAGAGCAGUUUAUGGCAACAAUUCUAGGACUUCCCGAAAUUUCGGGUGAAGUCCCAGGAACUUCAAGAAUUUUGAAAGUGAGAAUUCUCCAAGGUGUUUCUCUGGCCAAGAAGGACAUAUUUGGUGCUAGUGACCCAUAUGUUAAAAUCAGGCUAUACAGGGGCGAUGCGGACGAUGGAGAAAUCGCAUGCGUACAGACAAAAACUAUUAAAAGGACACUGAAUCCAAAAUGGUUUGAAGAGUUUGUCUUCAGAGUGAACCCCAGGGAUAAUCGCCUGUUAUUUGAAGUCUUUGAUGAGAACCGGCUGACUCGAGAUGACUUCCUGGGUAUGGUGGAUAUUCCCCUUGCAAAUAUUCCAACAGAGCAAGAGGGAACGUGGCACCACCACAAAGACUACCUCCUACGUCAAAGAAGCCCGCGCUCCAGGGUUCGCGGUUUCCUCCGUUUGACCAUCGCGUAUCUCCGGGACGAGUCUGUGCCAGACGCCGAACCCCGUCGGGAAGAAGAGAAUGAUUGGGAGAUCGUGGAUGCUGACAACGAAGUUGAGACAGAGACCAGUGCUUCCCCUGAGCAGGAGGCGAAUAUAGAGGCCAGAGCCCCCUUGCCCUCGGGCUGGGAAGAGCGGGUGGAUGCCAACGGCCGCUACUACUACGUGGAUCACAACACCAGGAGGACACAAUGGGAGAGGCCCACAAGUGGUGCUUCGGCUGGCCCUCCGGCUGGUAUGCCUGCCAACGUACAGGACGAGAUGCGAGCCAUUUAUCGCGCCCGACGACAGAUCAGCGCGGACGAUAACUUGGAAGCAGAAGAAGAGGCAGUGGAACCAUCAAGGCCUCAAAGGUCUCCCUCACAGUCGUCAACACAGAUGAUCCAGGUCCAACCAGCACAGCCUACCGUGCCAACACAGCAACAAGUCCCACCAACUCAGACCAGUCAGCCUUUCAUUGCGUCCCCCAACGAUCCCCUGGGCCCCCUGCCCGCCGGCUGGCAAAUGCAGAGGUCCGCCAAUGGACGCAUCUUCUUCAUCAACCACAACACGCGCAGCACCACUUGGGAUGACCCCAGGAAACAGAGGCAACCGGUGGAUGACCUGGGACCUCUACCGCCCGGAUGGGAGCAACGGGUUCAUAGCGAUGGAAGGACGUUUUUCAUAGAUCACAAUACGCACAGUACUCAGUGGGAAGACCCGAGGCUUCAGAAUCCUUCUAUCGCGGGACCGGCUGUUCCAUACUCAAGAGACUACAAGAGGAAGUAUGACUAUUUCAAGUCUAGACUCAAGAAGCCUUCCAACAUCCCCAAUCGGUAUGAGCUGAAGUGCAGCCGGGCCAGCAUCAUGGAGGAUUCCUACCGCAAUAUCAUCAGUGUGAAGAACCCAGAUCUCCUCAAGGCCAGGCUAUGGAUCGAGUUUGUGGGGGAGACGGGGCUGGAUUACGGAGGAGUUGCAAGGGAGUGGUUCUUCUUGCUAUCACGGGAGAUGUUCAACCCAUAUUAUGGUCUCUUUGAGUAUUCAGCCAUGGACAACUACACACUUCAGAUCAACCCAGACUCGGGCUUGUGUAAUGAACAGCACCUGUCUUACUUCAAGUUCAUCGGCCGGGUGGCCGGUAUGGCCGUCUACCAUGGCAAACUUCUGGAUGCGUUCUUCAUCCGACCAUUUUACAAGAUGAUGUUGAAUAGGCAGAUUACCCUGGCUGAUAUGGAGUCUGUGGAUACGGAAUACUACAACUCUCUGCUCUGGAUCAAGGAGAAUGACCCCACUGACCUUGACCUGACCUUUUCUGUAGACGAAGAAAGUUUUGGAGCGACUAAGACGACAGAGUUGAAACCCCACGGUAGCGAGAUCCCAGUCACUAACACCAACAAGAGAGAGUACACACAGCUCGUGAUUCAGUGGCGAUUUGUCAACCGAGUCCGCAAGCAGAUGUCUUCAUUCAUGGAGGGUUUUGUAGAUUUGGUUCCACUGGACCUCCUGAAGAUAUUUGAUGAGAACGAGCUGGAGCUCUUGCUCAGUGGGCUAGGGGACAUUAAUGUCAACGACUGGAGGAGCAACACUGCCUACCGGGGAGGCUACCACCCAAAUCACAUCGUUAUACAGUGGCUGUGGAAGGCUAUUUUGUCGUUUGAUGCCGAGAUGCGAUCCCGCCUCCUCCAGUUUGUGACAGGCACCUCCCGGGUACCCAUGAAUGGCUUCGCUCACCUCUACGGCAGCAACGGGCCCCAGCUGUUCACCGUGGAGAAGUGGGGCAAGCCAGAGUCCCUACCCCGAGCCCACACCUGUUUCAACCGGUUGGACCUGCCUCCGUACGAAUCUUACUACACACUCAAGGAGAAACUGCGCAUAGCGGUGGAGAACGCCGAAGGCUUUGAAGGGGUGGACUAAGAACCUGUCUGUCAUUCCUGGUCAGGUGAAUCCACAAGAUGUAGCGUAGUAAUAGUAAGAGAUAAAGACUGUCCCUCCCCCUAAGGGGGCGGGGAUUUGAUAUUAGCUCCGCCCCUCCAGUAAUGUAUCAAUAACGUCAAGUUGAUGGAGUUUAACAAGGUGAAACUUACCUGGAAAUUUGCCCAGAACUGUCGAGAGUCUUAGACGUUAUGCAUGGACGUCGACGCAAGUUAUCAAAUUGAGAGUUGGGCAACAGAAAUUCAGGUUUUUCAAAUGGACCCUCAGUAUCAAGGCUCAGAAGUUGUUCUGUCUCUCAUGUUAACAUGACAAUUUGAAGGUAUGAAAGUCAUCAUGCCUGUGAUUCAUAAGAUAUAUUUGAAUUCAGCCAGCAGAAAUGAAAUUUGAAGAAUUUCAUCCAUUUGCUUUGAAGAUAAACAGUAUUGGGAAAGCCCAACAUCAGUAUCUGGCCUUUUGUUUGUCAUAAUGUACAGGUUUUUUCAAAAUGAGUCUAAGAGCUUGCAGGUUUUUUUUCUCAACCACCAUACAGCAGUAUUUUCAACCAUCAUCUGCAAUGGGGCACCAGUGAUGCCGUGAACCAAUGAUAACGUGAAACCCAAACUCCAGAAUUGGUGCGAUGAUUGUACAAUGAGGCACACAAGCUUUCCUCCUGUCUGCUGAUUCCUUUCUUUCCACCACUCAUGCAUGUGCCAUCCAAAAUGCGAUAAAAUCUGUAGGCCUACAGAGUCCUUUUUUCUCUGAGAAGCUCGGAAUUUCAUGGAAUAUACAGAAAUGUGAGGAACUGUUUGAUGGGACGGUGCACGAGUGGAAGUGAAAGAAAUGCACACGUACCAAGAACACUUUAGGUACACCGAACAGUAGAGCACCGCUUGCUUGCAUAAGCUGGCCCUAUUUAAUACCAAAACCAACGCCCUGAGUCAAAUUUCUAUUCAGUACAGUGCCCCCUAUCGACCAUGGAAAAAAAUACAAUCAUGCAACUUGAUGAAUGGUAACCUAUUUGAUUGGAAACCUAUUUUCAAGUUUGACCCAAAUGUUGAAACAGGACACUGCUUGGUUUAAGCGAUGUACGCCGUUCACGUACAGAACAACAGCGUCAUGAUAAACGCAGUAUUUUCCGAACACAAAUCUCUCAUGAGAAGGGUCAUUAUUUCCCGUAAUAAUUAUUAUUUCUGCAUAAUAAAAAAAAAACAAAAGGGAUGUUCCUUCCAUUGAUAAGGGCGCUGAUUGUAACUGACUGUUGGCAAGCAGUGUGCUAGAGUGUUCUUCUGUGCGGCAAAAAAAAUACGGUUUCCAUCUGUCACCUGUCAAUAUAGCAUGCACGUUCAUGGAGCUUAUCAUUUCAGUCUUGCAUGAGGAAAGGAAUAGGGAUGACACGUUAGCAAUGGCACAGACGUUGCGUGACGACGGAGCUUUUAAGAAAAUAGUGGAUUCAAACAUUGGUCUUGUCUAAAUUACUGCUAUAACUUGUAAUUCUUUCUGUCAAUAUGACAGUCCAAUUUCAGUGCAGCACCUCCAUAUGGCGCAUAGUAAUAAACAGGGCCAUUGGUAGCCUGGAAUAGAACUUACUUUGGCAGGCCCGUGUCAAUCAGUCCAUCAGACGAGUCCAACUGAAUAGAAAGCAUUUUAGAGAAAGCUAGUCAAGAUGAGGUUUAAGCCUUCCUCAAAACUGCCGCCAGGCGGUUUGGAUGAGUGACACUCCUGAGCUGCCUUUCAUUUAUCCCUGCUCUUCCCCGCCCCCGCCCCAUCAUUUUCAACCGAACAAAUUCUCACUGCACCACAGUAAUUUUUUUUUUAUUAAGUAUAUGCACGUGGACUGGUAAUGUCUGUACAUUUGUAGUUGGUUUAAAAAUAAAUAAUAUGAGUGGAAUUGUCAUGCUGAAGAUUGAAUUUUAAUACCUGGGUGGAUCAGUUCACCCGAAUUCGAAUAUUGUACAAAUGUGAGAGUUUUCAUGUAAAUAGUAAUAAUAUUGAAAUUCAGAGUUCUUCGUGUAUUGAAGCCAUCCUGUAACAACUGUACCAGAUUUCUAUAACCGUAGUCUAACCAUGGUCAACAAGACUAAUAUUAGAAGAAAAAAAAUUGGUCUGCAACACUUACAUUGGUUGUUGUAGGAAGCGCCAAUAAAUUAAAUUUCCAUCAAAAUGCCAAAACCGUUUCAAAUGUUUUGGCUUGAGGAACUGGACGAAUUAAGAAUGCUGACUUCCAUAUUUCUCAGCCGCAACAACCACAACAGGAAUUCUACAAAUCCAGUUCAGUUUUGGAAAUUCUCUGAUGAAUUCAGCACAGACAGGGAUAUCCACACAGCUGGACCCCCCCUCCCCCAAAAAAGUGGGGGAAAGGGAUGGUGUUGGAUUACUAUGCCCAGAAACAGCUUUAGAAAAAUCAAAAGUUCACUUUGGCAGAGAAAAAGAAUGCUUCAGGGAAAGACUGUGCUUAAAAACCACAUCACAUAGCAAUUGGACUGGCAAGGUGUCUCUCUUAGGCUUUUCUGUUUUGAUUUGGUUUUCCAGCAAAAUAAUGUAUUUUGGUGUGUUGAAUCCUCCAACCAUACACCACAAAUUCCAAAGUAGAUGUGUAUCCAAUAUUUUAAUACAUGUACUUCCGAGAAUAUCUACAUUUAGUAACAUGCAGAAUAAUGCAAAGAAUGUUGAUAUUUAAGUAUUUAGAUAAACUACAUAUCAAGUAUGUUGAAUUUCAUGGGGGGGGUAUGAAUGACUUCUGUAAGUCAGCUAUUGAUCCAUUUAAUGUGAAAUCUGGAUUUCUGGAUGUAUUGAUGUAUGGACUUCAUUGCACAUGGUUUGGUUCUCAGUAGAGUGCAAACUCACUGUCAAAUGUGAGACUGAAAGUCCAUAUUAUGCUGUUUGAAGUGACUGGAUUUUAUGCGUGUCCAAAUUUCAUUUGACACCGACACUGUUGGCCUAAACAAGGAUCUAUGCUUGCACAGCCUUGCUCCGGCCAUCCCAUUUCAAGUCAAUGACAGAGUGUGCACCCUUCAACAGUGAUUUCCCCUCUUUUUGUGUCGAGGGCCUAUGGAGAAAUGCAACUCAGAUAUGUUCACAGCAGACACCCAGUAGGACUAAAAUGAAGUAAUUAGCAUCGUUUUCUUCGAAUGCCAAAAUGCUUUCAGUGAACACAAGUUUUAGAUGAGAUCAAUUAUUACAUUGCCGCUGCCACAAUGUGAUGGGUUAGUCUUAAACAAAUGUACAACUGUAUGUUGUCCUCAUUAUCUUGUGUAUAUAUAUACAUUUUGAAAGUAAUCAGUAGGUGAUUCUUAAUAAGAGUUACAAAUUUAUACAUACAAAGCACGACAGUUUUUUUUGGGGGGGGGGUUAUUGUAUGGUGCAAUUUUAAUGCUUCCUGUAUGCACAAUUUUCCGGCGCUGAAGAAUAGAGUAGCACAAACAUCACUGGAGUAAAAGUGAAGUAGUGCUUCAUAAGCAAGAUUUCAGUGGCUUCCCUGAAAUGUCACCGUAUCUCCCGAUUUUCCAACUGGCUGCACGGUCCCAAAGUGCCUGAAAAUUCAAGCGACGACAGCGCUAGACUGGCAGGUUUGGGUGGAAUGGCGAACAUCAAUUCACUUUUUAUUGGCAAAAGAUUUUUCUUAACCUUUAUAGAUGCUAUUUUCAUAAGUUUCUGCUGAAGCCUGAAAGUAUGUUCAUGUAAUAUGUAAUUCUCCGACCCUUUGUGCAUGGUAUUCCUGGCCUUAAUGUUAAAGCAAAGACACCGCAUUCAAACUUGGCAGUUUUGCUUUUGUGUAUCCUCAAGCUUUUGGGCAGGUUCCUUAAAGGCAGGCAGCAUUUAUAAGACUGGAAAUCUUGAGAGAAACUAUAAACAAAAGAAUGCGGGGUUCGUAGAUGGUAUGCUAGCAGUAGUCCAGAUGUUCUUGAACACAAAAUAUGGGAGCAGUGUUUUCCUGUCGUUUUGAACACAAUUUAAUUCCGGGUGUCACUGUGUAUAAGUAACAUCUGCCACUCUAAGCAACAAUAAUGCUGUAGUUGGUAUGUUUUUCGAAUUUGUCAUUCGUUCCAUUUUCAUGAUGUCCACAGGGGCUUGCUGUAGCCAUUUUGGUAGAAAAUGGCCAGCGCCCAAGUGGAGAUGUUAGUUUUUCCUAAAAAAUAUGGUUCAUAAGUUCCAUCUGGCCAGUGCACGCAACGUCAGCCUCGCGCCUCUUUUCUCCUGUUUAUUUAACAGAACAAAGUGUACCCUUGAGGGUACAGUGAUCGAUGUUGCCACCCACGUCAAACCACACCCCCCCAUGACAGGAUACUUGUUGUAGGGCCACUGGUGUGGUCAACUGCAGCAGAUCAAGCUACAGGUUGACCAAUGUCUGGCCCUUAUUGCCAAGGCCGAGUCUGAGUCAUGUGCCAUGCAUCGAUAAUGAAGUGUUUAUACUGCACAUAAUGUAUAAUGCCAAAAAUUGAAAUGUGCACUGAACAGCAGAAUGCAAAUUCCUCUCUACUCGGGGCAAAACACAGCACCGUUUUGACACUUCAUAGAGCCAAUAGCAACAUGUGGUGUCAUUACUAACUGCACCUUGCCUAUAUGGUCCCAACAGACUGAUUGCACCUACCGAGUCACAUGUAGUGGGUGUUAAAGACGUCAACAAACACAAAGUCCUCCUAUAGCUAAGUGCAUCAUACAUGUCAUUUAACCUGUACAAUACUCAGACUGCUGAUGUGUUGAGUGCUAUAGUUGAAAUCAGUUUUAUUUUUGGUCAACACUUAAAACACACUUUACUGUGGGAGUGAUACUCACUGUAUAGGUCACAUGAGUUUUGGUAUGGUGCAUCAUGUGACAGUGGUAGCCUGGAACAAAAUACCUAUUAAACAGCCACUGGAAGCUGCCGAUGGUGGUUUAUACCCAGAGUGCUCCAAUCUUUAGUGGGGGGUUUUGGACUACGUAUACAUAUUUAUCCCGAUAUGCAAGUGGCACGUGUGUAUUUGCCUAGGUGAACUAAUAAAGUGCAUUAGGUGAAAUAAUCUUGAUUUGCAUUAUUUUUAGCCUGAGAUUUCUGUGAUUUUUUGUGCCGCAUUGAAUCAAUGCUUCAUGUAUAUAGAGCAAAGCAUUUCUUUUGAUAUUUGAAUAAACUCAAAGGACAAAUGGAGAA